UAUUCGCCAUAUUGUUUUCACAAGCGUCGACCAGCUGUCUAAAGAACAAGGACUUCUUGUAUUGUCGCAUGUCUAUAACACAAGCUACUUUUAGUAGAUCACUUAACCUUUGAAGCACUCAGUUCCUAGAAUGGACGAAGAAGAGAUAGACUUCAGAACUGAAGCAAUAGCAAUCAUUAAUGAUAUAUCUUUCAGUGUUGAAAACAUCACAGUUUCUUCCAAACUCCCAGCAACACAGGAGUGUGUGUAUCUUAACAUUCAAACCAAAGAGAAACAGAAAUAUUGUGUCCAGAUUUGUAUUCAAGGGUUCAGAGUUGUGAGUGAGACAUAUGAUGAGCAUGAAGAAGAGUUAGGAAACCCAUUUUUUGAAACCGUUUAUGCAUUGCUUGAUACAAUAAGCCCUCAGUACUCACAGAUGUUUGGUAAUGAGCUGUCAAGAAAACUCUCUGAAAUCAAAGAUCUUCAGGAUGCUGGAAAUCCUGGAGACUCUGGAAACUGAUAGCAUGAAAUAUUAUUAACAGCAAUUAUGUUUGACCUUUAUUUCUUAAUAAGACCUAAUUCUUGAUUUUCCCAUUUCAAAAUUAUAAUGUUAUAUUAUAGGAAUUUUUUGUACAUGUAAAAAAAAUUGGAUAGCGUAAAUAUCAGUGUAACUUACUUUUAAUUUAUGUUAUUGAAAUUUUGAAAUAGGAAAAUAUUACACCCAAGCAACUUAGGUUGGGCGAUUUUAGCUCCAUGUAGAGAAACCUAUGUACAUGUAAGAGUUAAUUACCGAGAACGGAGGCAAUAAGCCAUAUACAUCCUGAGGGCCGCAGGCCCGAGGGAUGCAUAGGCUUAUUGCCGACGUUUGAGUUAAUUAAGUAUAUUAUUUAUCAAUUGAGA